AUGGACCUCCACGCCGAGUACGGCGACAACCCGGACGACGGGUACGAUUACGAUCUAAACAUGUUCCGCACUGAGCCCUGCAGGGAGCAAAUCGAGCCCCUGCUUGCGGCGUUUGCGAAAGAAGUGGAGGAAUAUGGCCCGCCGAUCAGAAAGGGCCACAGAUGGGGUGCAAAGUCCAUUGCUGCGCGUGGUAGUAAGAAGCAGAAGGACGGUGAUGCUGCUGCUGCGGUACCAACGCCACCGGUGGUGCAGUGGCAGGUUGGCGACUGGAGACCCGGCGAGGAGGUCAUGAGUUUGUUGGAAAGCCUAGGACGGCAGGAGUGGCUCGAUCUCGAGUGGGACAGCAACUCUUCACCCAUACAGUCGGGUGGGUAA